ACCUCGUUCAGUUGUUUCAACUUCUGUGAUUCUAAAAUUUUCUUUCAAUCUUUCUUCAUAUUUGACCCCAUAGUGUGGCCCCAACCUAAACCCAAAGGAUAACGACAUAACUGGACUGAUUUCACACUACAUGGGGAUGCCGUAAUACCGAUAACUAGCAUGGCAUUGCUGUCAUUUGUUAUUCGUUUAAAGAUAGCCAGAAUAUUCGGCCCAAAAUAACUAUUUGUCCAUGCGUUAUCAAACAUUGAUAGCUUACAGUCUGUCGGUAGAAUCAGUGUCAUGAAUCUUGUGGUCAAAAAAGAAUUCAACACAUCAAUCGUGUCACUUCCCGAAGACUAUUGAAUAGCAUGUCUUAGUGCACUCUAAUGGCUAUAAAUGACCGAAGUUGAAUGAGAAUUUCCGAAUUAUGAAGGACUGCUCAAAGAUUCUGUCCAAAUAUCCAGUCGAGCCGAAUGUCAGUCGCAGUUAGUAUGCAGAACACAGAAAUAAAAGUAAAAACAUCUAGCAUAAUGUUUGAUCACAAAAAUAUGCACACAGAGAGAUACAGAAUGCAUGGUGAUAUCCAUUUUGCCAUGCACAGAAUAACCAUUUUAACUAGUGCAAUUUUCCAACCAAAUUUUGUAACACCCCUAUAUUCGCCUCCACCACCGUCUUAGAAUAUGCCGAUAUAUCUUUUCAUCCUGAUAUACUGAGUAAUGCAAUAUCAUCUGGUAGCAGUACAAUAUACUUACCGGAAUGAAACAUUUACGUUUGGAUUUUAUUUCCACAUGUAAACAUCCUACUAGCAACUUAUCGGAUUUUUAUCUUUGUAGAUAGUGUCGAUAAAACAAAUAACCUCGGGGGCGAUCUAUUUACAGAUUUGUGGACAUAAGGGUCACAAUGGUUACCUGAAAUGUCAUCCACGGUGUUAUUGUUGUCCCCACUCCGACAGGCGAGUGGAAAUCACUCCACUAUCAAACGGAUCAGAUCACAUUUAGAAUCUGAGUUUAUUAUCUGCAAAGAAUGGGAUCCAGCAGAUUUCGAUGAUGAGGAACAAUUUCUUAGAAAGUUGAGGGAGAAUAAUAUAGACUUUGUUAUUGCACUACACGCAUACAAAGCUGGGAAAUAUCUAUCUACUAAAGUACCCAUUCCGUACAUUUUGAUAUUUGGUGGCACGGACAUAAAUCAGCUACAUACCGAUGAAGACAAAUUAUGCAAAAUGUCGCGAGCGGUGGAGGGAGCGAGAAAUAUUGUUGCAUUCAGUCAAGAAAUGAUGGAUAAAGCACUUCAGAUUUGGCCAGAUUUAGUCAAGUCGAGGGCGUCCAUUAUAAAGCAAGGUAUACAAACGAGACCGUCAGCUUUGAGUUUGAGAGAGGUUCUAGUGAAACAUGGGCAUGUGUCGUCUGCCGUGAUUACGGGGGCUACAAUUUUCCUCUUCGUGGGGAGCAUACGUCCCGUGAAAGAUCCCCUGUAUCUCAUCAACACUAUGACAGAAUGGCAUAAAGAGAGGACAGAUAUUUUGUACGUGAUCAUUGGACCAGAGUAUGGCGAGGAUUACUUUGCUGUAUUUAACGGGGCAAUACAUGGAGCAAAGGGUGUUAUAUAUUUGGGUGAGAUGAGCAUAGAAAACGCGCAUGCGUGUAUGAGGGACAGUAGUUCCUUGGUCAACACGUCGGAAAGCGAGGGCAUGGCGGCUGUUGUUUUAGAGGCUAUGGAUUUGGGUACACCAGUAAUUGCCAGGCGUAAUGGUGGAAACGAGGCUCUGAUCCAACAUGGCGUCACUGGCUUCUUGUUUUCGUCGCCAGAGGAAUUUAAAGAAAUUGCAGAAUCGUUUAGCGAAGAUGCUGUAAUGCAAAGGAAGAUAACUAUCGCUGCUAAAGAACAAAUUCGUCGUGAACAUUUGCCAGAAAUAGAAAAAAACGCAUAUUACAAAGUCAUGAAUGGAUUGAAACACUGAUCUCGUAAUGUUCAAUUAUGUAGUUCUUACCUUUUGUCUCCACACGUAAGUUACCUAUACAGCUGUUCUGGAUUGGGGACCUUAUGCAAAGGCGGAUAUUGAUACACAUUGUCCUAAGACAUAUCAUGAUAGCGUUUGUUAAGUUUGAUUAUAGUAUCCAGGAAUCCUGGAUACAACAAAUUAGCUGAUCAGUUCGAUCCUUUGACAGAUAAAUUGUAACAUUUGUCUUGAAAAUGAAAAAUGUAGAUAAAGGAGUUAGGUUUGGUCAAUGAAAGUUGAUUGUUUAAAAUGUGCCAAAGAAGUAAAUACUGUAGAAAUAA